UCCCCGCGCGCUGCUCCUCCGUCUGCGCCAUGGACUCGGACACUAGCUGUCUGCCUUUCUCUUCUCCUCCUCACCGCAGCACUCCGGAGCCCACCUCGGCCGUGGAGCCUUCCUCCUCCUCCUCCUCUUCUUCCUCGGGCUCGGGCUCCUUCUUCCCCUGCGAGGGUCUCCCUCAGCGGCCUGGAUUCAUGCCGGACUUCCCCCUGAGCCGCUCCUCUCCAGCCAAACACAGCAAAUACGCGCCGAGCGCUCAGGAGGAGCGAAUAAGGAGCUUAACAGCCAACAGCAAGAGUCCCUUUUACCAUGACAGCUCGGAGGGGGAGAAGUCUUUGUCCAAGCCUUUGGGGUAUCCAGUCCUGGACACAGAAUGCUGCGGCAAACUGAAAGAGCCGUCAAACGGGUUAAACCAGGGAGACUCCAUUGUGGACUCGAUCGACCUUUCAGGCAAAAACAAGAAACGAAGGAACCGCACCACGUUCAGCACCUUUCAGCUGGAGGAGCUUGAGAAGGUCUUCCAGAAGACGCAUUAUCCAGAUGUCUAUGCGCGUGAGCAGCUGGCCCUGAGGACCGAACUUACUGAAGCACGUGUGCAGGUUUGGUUCCAGAACAGACGGGCAAAAUGGAGGAAGAGGGAGCGCUAUGGGAAGAUGCAGGAAGUGCGAAACCACUUUGCUGCUACAUAUGAUAUCUCGCUCCUCCCUCGCUCCGAUACGUACCAGAUGCAGAGUAACCUGUGGUCAGCAGGAUCAGGAGGUGGAGGCACUGCCAGUGGAGGUUGCGUCCUGGGCACAGAAAGCAUGUCGUCCUCCUGCAUGUCCCCUUACCCCCACCACCCCCACUCCCACCCCCAUGGCAACCUUCCUGGCCUUAUGAGCAUGUCUACAUCCCCUACUCAUCCUCCUCAUCAUCCUCACCCACACCACCCCGGCAUCAACGGCCUCUACUCCCUGCACAGUUUUCAGGGGGGCCUGGGGGCCCACUCCUUUGAGCCAGGCCCCGAGUCUGACUACAAGCCUUCAGGUCUGGUGGCCCUACGCAUGAAGACCAAAGACCCUGGCAGCCUCUUAUCCUGGCCAACGUGA